UCAUCCCUACUCGACAGAGCGAAGGAUUAAGGAGUCCUCCACCACCCACUGCCAACCUCCUCUAUAUUUGUUUGUAUAUAUCUCGUUCUUUUAUCCCCUCUCAUUCAUUCCCAUCUUUUUCUUCCGCUUCAUCUUCGUUAUCCAAUCCAUCCUUAUUCCCUGCCCAAGAUGAGAGGAGGCAGCCUCUGGCAGCUGGGCCAAUGCCUCUCCCGCCGCCUCGCCCAAUCCAAGUCCACCACCCCCAAGCCACGCCACUUCGCCGCCGCCCCCGCUGCGGAGCCGGCGGAGCUCAAAAAGACCGUCUUGCAUGACUUCCACGUCGAGCACGGCGGCAAGAUGGUGCCUUUCGCUGGGUGGAGCAUGCCGAUCCAGUACAAGGACUCCAUUAUGGACUCCACCCUCCACUGCCGCGCCGCCGCCAGCCUCUUUGACGUCUCUCAUAUGUGCGGCCUCAGCCUCCGCGGCCGCGAUUGCAUCCCCUUCCUCGAGACCCUCGUCGUUGCCGACGUCGCCGGCCUCCGCCCUGGCACGGGGACGCUCACCGUCUUCACCAAUGAGCGCGGCGGUGCCAUCGACGACUCCGUGGUGACCAAGGUGCGGGACGACCACAUCUACCUCGUGGUGAACGCUGGGUGCAGGGACAAGGACCUGGCCCACAUCUCCGCUUACAUGGAGGCCUUCAAGGCUAAGGGAGGGGCUGUGGACUGGCACAUUCAUGAUGAAAGGUCGCUUCUGGCUCUACAGGGUCCUCUGGCUGCACCAGUUCUUCAGCUGCUAACAAAAGACGAUCUAAGUAAAAUCUAUUUUGGCGAGUUCUGCACAUUGGACAUUCACGGAUCACAUUGUUUCCUCACAAGAACUGGCUACACAGGUGAAGAUGGUUUUGAGAUCUCUGUUCCAUCCGAGCAUGCAGUAGAUCUUGCAAAAGCAAUUCUGGAGAAAUCUGAAGGGAAGGUGAGGUUGACAGGGUUAGGUGCUCGGGACAGCCUUCGCCUCGAAGCUGGCCUUUGUCUGUAUGGCAAUGACAUGGAUCAGCACACCACACCUGUCGAGGCUGGCCUUACAUGGGCGAUCGGUAAGAGAAGAAGAGCUGAAGGUGGAUUCUUGGGUGCGGAAGUGAUCCUAAAGCAACUCGAGGAAGGCCCACCUAUAAGACGUGUUGGCUUCUUCUCAACAGGCCCACCUCCGCGAAGCCACAAUGAGAUUUUGAACAGCAGCGGGGAAAAGAUUGGGGAGGUAACCAGUGGAGGAUUCAGUCCCUGCUUAAAGAAGAACAUAGCCAUGGGCUACGUGAAGUCUGGUCUCCACAAGCCAGGAACUGAAGUUAAGAUUAUUAUUCGUGGGAAGUCCAAUGAUGGCGUUGUGACGAAGAUGCCAUUUGUUCCAACGAAGUAUUAUAAGCCAUCUUAGAUCAUGCAACUUCUACUUUGAGUUGCCCAUUCUAAUAGAUGGUUUUCACUUGGCAUUUCCUUCUGUAAGAAUACCGAGUUAAUAAAGAAGUCUUUUGCUUCUUUCUAUGA